AUGGUGAAACUCAAUCCAAGGAAAUUCAAGUCGUUGCGGAGUGUGAAUCAAAGUUUGAUUCGCAAGUAUGAGGGGCCUUUCGAUAUUAUUGCCAAGGCUGGAAAGAUUUCAUAUCGGGUCGACAUGCCCCAUCAUUUUAAGAUACACCCCGUCUUCCAUGCGAGCCAAUUGAAACCAUAUUUUGAAGACAUGGAAGACAAAGAGCGGGGACAGUCCGGGAGAGCUAGAAUCUUCAUCACACCGCCUACUGUCGACAAGCAAAUUGAGGCCAUCAUUGAUCAUCAACUUGUUCAUGGAAAGGGCUGGAACAACUCUAGUUCGCAGUUCCUAGUUCACUGGAAAGGAAUGGUACCAGAGGAGGCAACGUGGGAAAAAUACGAGGACUUGUGGCAGUUUCGCGACAAAGUCCACCAGUACUUGCAGUUGUGUGGCGUCGGGGUCGUCGCCAAUUCACGUGGGGGAGCGUGUACCGCCCCGCAAGGUGGUACAUUAAAAUCCGACAAUUCCAACAAUGCGGCCACAUCCUAUUUAGGCUCGGAGGGUCAAGAGGUUGUUCCAAACUCUAGCCCAACCGAUGGGGGUACCUUAUCUAAGCACUCGUGGGCAACGUUGAUAUCGAGCUUAGAGCAGUCUGAUCCAGAGAAGUGGGUUAGCACAUGA